GCAGGAAUGUACUGUUAGGCCCUGAAGCGCGCGCGCGGAGGGAGAGGGAGGAGCCAGGCCUGGGAAUGAGAGGGGUGGAGGUGGUGCAGGUCCUGGGCUCUGGGAGAGCUGCCGCACGCAAGGGACCUCCACGUUCCCUUCUCCCCAGUCAUCCUUAACACCGCUGUAUUGACUUGUGUGAAAAAAGGAGGGUUGGGGGGAGGGGAAAAACUCUAUGGAAUGAAAUGCUUGUGCUUGAUUCCUCCACUCCUUCCCCCAACCCCGACCUGGGCACGCGCCUAAGUGCAAAUACGUGCAAAGCCUUUGGGCUGUGGGAAGUAUGCUUGCAAGCAUUCUCCCGAGCUAGGUGUGUUGCACAAACGUGUGCACCUAUGAUUUUAUGUGCAUGCAGACAUGCAUGUGCACUAUUGCAUAUUUGCAAAUGCUUGGUGCCUGCCAAGAUAAACGCAUGCACCGGUGUGUGUCUAAGCAAGCGCGCGCGCCGCGGAGCGAGUGUACGUAUGUGUAUGUGUGUGCGCUCCACUCUCAGCUCUGCUCAUCUUGGUGCCCGGCCCCCUUCUCUCUCCAAGCCCCACCCCCCACCCCUCCGGGCUUCUCUUUUACAAAAGGUCUCCCCAGUGCUAGCAGCCGAAGCGCCCAGAGUGAGCUGGACCCAGGCUGAAGCGGCAGCCCCGGCUUCGAGCCCCGCCCAAUCCCUUUCCCCUGCUGGGGAUCCCCCUCUUCCCCGCCCACCCCUUACUCCGCAUGCAGCCCAGCGCCCUAUGCUAGCCCUCCCCCUCCCCCCCUGCAGGAGCAGGGCGCCGCCGGGGGAGGAGGGGGAAUCGGCUGCGGGUCCUUGGUGUUCCUAGCACCCAGCUUCCCUCCAAGCCGGGUCGCGAUGUACGACUGCAUGGAAACGUUUGCCCCGGGUCCGCGACGGCUGUACGGAGCGGCCGGGCCCGGGGCCGGCUUGCUGCGUAGAGCCACCGGCAGCUCCUGUUUCGCCGGACUUGAAUCUUUUGCUUGGCCACAACCCGCCAGUCUGCAAUCGGUGGAGACACAAAGCACUAGCUCAGAGGAGAUGGUGCCCAGCUCGCCCUCGCCCCCUCCGCCUCCUCGGGUCUACAAGCCAUGCUUCGUGUGCAAUGACAAGUCCUCUGGCUACCACUAUGGGGUCAGCUCUUGUGAAGGCUGCAAGGGCUUCUUCCGCCGCAGCAUUCAGAAGAACAUGGUGUACACAUGUCACCGCGAUAAAAACUGUAUCAUCAACAAAGUGACCAGGAAUCGCUGCCAAUACUGCCGGCUGCAGAAGUGCUUCGAAGUGGGCAUGUCCAAGGAAGCUGUGCGGAAUGACCGGAACAAGAAGAAGAAAGAGGUGAAGGAAGAAGGGUCACCUGACAGCUAUGAGCUGAGCCCCCAGUUAGAAGAGCUCAUCACCAAGGUCAGCAAAGCCCAUCAGGAGACCUUCCCCUCGCUCUGCCAGCUGGGCAAAUACACCACGAACUCCAGUGCAGACCACCGGGUGCAGCUGGAUCUGGGGCUGUGGGACAAGUUCAGUGAGUUGGCUACCAAGUGCAUCAUCAAGAUUGUGGAAUUUGCCAAGCGGUUGCCUGGCUUCACAGGGCUCAGCAUUGCUGACCAGAUCACUCUGCUGAAGGCUGCCUGCCUGGACAUCUUGAUGCUGCGGAUCUGCACAAGGUACACCCCAGAACAGGACACCAUGACCUUCUCCGACGGGCUGACCCUGAACCGGACCCAGAUGCACAAUGCCGGCUUUGGGCCCCUCACAGACCUGGUCUUUGCCUUUGCUGGGCAGCUCCUGCCACUGGAGAUGGAUGACACAGAGACAGGGCUGCUCAGCGCCAUCUGCCUCAUCUGUGGAGACCGCAUGGACCUGGAGGAGCCCGAGAAAGUGGACAAGCUGCAGGAGCCACUGCUGGAAGCCCUGAGGCUCUAUGCCCGGCGCCGGCGGCCCAGCCAGCCCUACAUGUUCCCGAGGAUGCUCAUGAAAAUCACCGACCUCCGGGGCAUCAGCACCAAGGGAGCAGAAAGGGCUAUUACCCUGAAGAUGGAGAUUCCAGGCCCAAUGCCUCCCCUGAUCCGAGAGAUGCUGGAGAACCCCGAAAUGUUUGAGGAUGACUCUUCACAGCCUGGUCCCCACCCCAAGGCCUCUAGUGAGGAUGAGGUUCACAGGGGCCAGGACAAAGGGGGCCAAAGUCCCCAGCCUGACCAGGGUCCCUGACCUCCCCCACUGUGGGGGUUGGGGCUCCAGGCAGCAGACUGACCAUCUCCCAGACACCACCAGUGACUGGGGGAGGACCUGCUCUGCCCUCUCCCCACCCCUUCCAAUGAGCUCCUUGUUUUUGCCAAAGUUUUCAGGGGUGCCUCUGUGUUCAUCCCCUUCCUGCUCUAACUGGCUCCCUCACCAGUCCCGGGGGCCUGCCCUGCUCCCACCAGGAGAGAGGGCAGGGGCGUGAGCCCGGGUUUGGACUCUAAAAUCUCAGCACUGCCCCUCAGAUGCCAGGGUCCUAGGCUCCCCAGGGCAGGAGGAAGACCCUGCCAUUCCACAGUCCCUUCCUCUGCCAGGUGCUUGGGCCUCUGGGAGCAAACAGGAACACUAGAGACCAAAAGGGGGGCAAAGGGGGAGGGCUGAGCCCACCCUCUUGCGCCUACCCUUGGUGCCUAAUGCUGUGCAAUGCACCUGCUGGGUGCAUGCUGCCCUUGUGCCCCAUUCUCCUGCCAGGUCAGGGUGGGGGCGGGCUGGGCCCUGCAUUCUGGGGUGAAAGGGACAGAUGCAGGUCCAUUCUACACCUCUUUGCUUGGGGGUGGGGUUUGCCCUGUGCCCUCCAUUUGAGUCCCUCCCCCAGCCCCGUCACAUGCUUUGGGUUCCUCCUGCCCCCAUCUCAGCCAUAGGGCAGGGAUGCUCCUACACUACAGAGGGGCCGGGCAAUCCCUUUCUCCCUAGUGCCUUCCACCCUUGACCCCCAAGAGCAGCUUGGCCCAGGGAGGGGGGAUGCUGCUUAGCUGAUCCCACCCUGACCCAGAGGAAGCCUCUAUUUAUUUAUUAGCUUUUGUUUACGCCCUGGAAUUGACCCCUUCCUCCAGGGGUCUUGGGUGGGGGAGCCCAGGGCCCCUGUGACCCCUCCCUUCCUCCAAUCCCCAGUUUGUAUUUAGCUGCCAAAUAAGAUUCCCACUGGCUCCCCUUUUUCUCUGGGGGGGUCAGGGUGCUGUCCCCUCCCCUCUGUUUACAUCUCCCCUCCACCCCGCUGUAUUGCAUAUUGCUGAGUUUUCUAUUUUUGCAAAAUAAAGUGAUGGAAACUC